AUGUUAUGCACUCUUGCUUCCUGUCUCACCAUUAGUCAGUCCCAAGGUCAGUGUUGUGAAUCAGACAAGCUAAAAGGUGGAAAACAAAGUGGGGGCAGGCUUUCCACUUCACUAAAGCCAAACACAGUCCCAAUUGGAGGAGUUAAGAUGGGGGCAGCAGCUCUUUUCAAAGCAAUAACAUAUAUGAGUUGGAUUGCCAAUUUCUCCACUUCUUUCAGGUUGAAUACCUUUCAGAAGAACCCAUACUCUAGGACAGGUAACAUGGGCAUGAGUGAACCACAAGAGUGUGAUGCAGAGAUAAUGAGAAAUUUGCUUUACGAAGGGUGUUCCAAUCUCAUCUCUCUCACUGAGAUUGCUUGCACACCCACAUCUAUAGAGCUGCAGCGUCAAGGAAACACUGGCCAACUCGAAGCCCUCGUAGCCUCCUCCAAACAGCUCUAUGGCUCUACAGCCAGAAGACCCUUAAACCAACUGUGGGCAAUUCGACAAGGAACAUCGGCUUGCAAUUGGGUGUUCACAGCAUCCUGCAAAGUUCUUUCAAAGCAAAAAGAGGAAGAAGAAUGA